CUCCAACAACAAGCUGGAUCCGCAGACAACGACUCACACUCACUCAUCUACCUAAACUCAACGCCCCAUGCCAUGGAAGCCAAUCUGCACCCACACUUUAUCCACUACGGCGACGUCCUGUUAGUUGGCAACGACGGUAUCGGGUUCCGCCUCACAUCGCACUUCCUCGAGAGCAUCAGCGGCUCUCUGGGGCCGAUGCUCGAGCCUGAUUUCUUGGACGAGCCACGAGACCCCGAGCCUACGAUUCAACUUGACGAACCCUCAAAGGACUGGGCCGUCGUGUUCCGCCUGUGCAACCUGCUUAGGCUCACGCCGGAUGCGCCAGCGUGGGACCCGACCAUCGACGACUUCCGCACCGCACGCGACCUCCUGGAUACCUACGGCUUCCGCUCGGACAUUGUCGCCGGCUUGGGUCACCAGCUGGCCCUGUCCGACGUGUAUGCGCUCGCUACGCGCAAGGAACAGACGUGGGAGAUCAUGACGCUGGCGACCGAGCUGCAGAGCGGCGAAGCGUGGGACCAGGUCAUUGCGAGGCUGUCUGCGUGGAGCCGUGUCAUGGACCCACGGACCAUGACCCGGCACGAGAUGCUGACACUGGGCCACGAAGCGUACUUCAUCCUCAUCGGUCUGCUGGCCUGGUCGAGCGACGCCGCGUUCGUCAGACUGGACAAUGUCGGUGUCAAGUACAUCGGCGAACCGGCGUGUGGUUUCGACCGGCCUUCACGCCGCGCCGUCAUCUACGCGAAAUGAGACAGAUUCAAGUGCUCAACAAAGCCCAGCCCUGUGGUGGUCGGUGCUCGCGCACCUGGCGCCGAGCUCGUGCGCUGCUCGCGCGACAACACCGCUUUCGACCUCUGUUCCUACCUCGAGCGGCACUUGGACCGGACCCACAGACCUGGCGCUUGACCAUAGCCGCAAGUACCUCUUUUUUCCGUUCAUGGGCUCUCUGCAUGUGAUGCCGUCGACGGCCGUCUCACCACCUGCGAGCGAGGGCGUGUCGUGGCCCGCUCCGACUAUCAGAUCAUUUCGUUUCGUCCUUCUGCC